UCUCCGUCUCUCUCUCUCUCUCUCUCUCUCAGUGAGUGGUGCUGAUGCGAGCAGCAGUGAUGGAGUCUCCUCCGUCUAACACUUCUCCUCCUCCUCCUCCAUCAUCAUCCCUCACUCCUGCCGUUCCUCCAUCAGUGAAGCUGGGCCUGACGGCGCUCUACACGCUCUUCUACUGUGUGCUGUUCAUCUUCGUGUACGCUCAGCUGUGGCUGGUGCUGCGCUACAGACACAAGCGCUUCAGCUACCAGACGGCGUUCCUGUUCCUGUGCCUGCUGUGGGCGGCCCUGCGCGCGCUGCUCUUCUCCUUCUACUUCAGGGACUGCGGGACGGCCAACACACUGCGGCCCUUCUGCUUCUGGCUGCUCUACUGCUUCCCUGUGUGUCUGCAGUUCUUCACACUCAGCCUCAUGAACCUCUACUGCGCUCAGGUGUUCUUCAAGGCCAAGUCCAAGUUUUCUCCUCAUCUGCUGAGAUACAAGUCUCCUCUGUAUGUGCUGUUCUUCGGGGUCAGCCUGCUGUUUCUGCUGGUCAAUCUCAGUUGUGCGCUGCUGGUGAAGAUGACCGACACUCCAGUUAAGAGUGUGGUUCUGGUUCGCGUCGCCAUCAACGAUUCGCUCUUUGUUCUCUGCGCCGUGUCUCUCGCCGUCUGCCUGUACAAAGUGGCCAAGAUGUCCAUCGCCAGCAUCUACCUAGAGUCCAAGGGCACAUCUGUGUGUCAGGUGACCGUGAUCGGGCUGCUGGUGAUCCUCCUGUACUCCUCGAGGGCCUGCUACAAUCUGGUGGUUUUGUCCCUGACAGACGUCCAGAGUAUAAACUCCUUCGAUUACGACUGGUACAACGUGUCAGAUCAGGCGGAUCUGCGCUCCAGUCUGGGAGACGCGGGUUAUGUGGUGUUCGGGGUGAUUCUGUUCAUCUGGGAGCUGCUGCCCACAUCACUGGUCGUGUUUUUCUUCCGCGUCCGCAAACCUGCACAGGACCGGAGCGGCUCUGCUAUUCCCAGCCACGUGUUCUCCAACCGGCCGUAUUUCUUCGAUAAUCCCAGACGAUACGACAGCGAUGAUGAUUUAGCCUGGCCUUCACAUCCCGUCACCACCUCAACCAGUUUAUCGACGGACUGCUCGGACUGGGGGAGCCGCAGCAGCAGUUUUCUGGUUCAUCUUGGAGGAGACGACCAGCGCUCGACUGUGGUGACGGCAGGACUAAACCGCUAGCACUCGCGCAGCCACAGCGCUAACACAUCCACACGUCACCGAGAGACAGUCGCCACGGCAACAGCUGAUGACGACAUCAGAGUAACAGAAGAUCAGCCUGUGUUCAGAAUGCACGACUACACUGCGCAGCACUAUUAAUAACACACACACACACACACACACACACACACACACACACACACACACACACACACACAAUGGCUAAAUU